CUAGGAAUGAGGACUGACACAUCUGCCACAUUUGCAAGGAAGGAACAGUUUCUGCUGAAAAACAUUCGUCAAGACGCUUGUCCGUAGCCCUUAACAUGAUUCACAGCCUGUUCCUGAUAAACAAUGUUGGCGAUAUAUUCCUGGAGAAACACUGGAAGAGUGUCAUAAGUCGCUCCAUCUGCGAUUAUUUUUUUGAAGCACGAGAGAAGGCGGUGGAACCUGACAAUGUGCCUCCUGUGAUCCGCACCCCUCAUCAUUAUCUCAUAAACAUCUACCGCGAGAAGAUCUUCUUUGUCUCCGUCAUUCAAACUGAAGUGCCUCCUCUCUUUGUAAUAGAAUUUCUGCAUAGAGUUGCAGAUACAUUUCAGGAUUAUUUUGGAGAAUGUUCUGAGACCACAAUCAAGGAUAAUGUGGUGAUAGUCUAUGAGCUCCUGGAGGAAAUGCUGGAUAACGGCUUCCCUCUUGCUACAGAAUCCAACAUUUUGAAAGAACUUAUCAGACCUCCUACAAUCUUGCGGUCUAUGGUCAACACCAUCACAGGCAGUAGCAAUGUUGGGGAGACCCUUCCUAGUGGUCAGCUCUCCACUAUCCCAUGGAGAAGAGCUGGAGUGAAGUACACUAAUAAUGAAGCUUACUUUGAUGUGGUGGAAGAAAUUGAUGCCAUCCUGGAUAAGUCUGGAACUACAGUUUUAGCAGAAAUCCAGGGAGUGAUUGAUGCUUGUGUCAAGCUCACUGGAAUGCCAGACCUUACACUCUCAUUCAUGAACCCUAGACUCCUGGACGAUGUGAGCUUUCAUCCAUGUGUCCGUUACAAGAGAUGGGAAAGUGAGAGGGUGAUCUCCUUUAUUCCUCCAGAUGGAAACUUUCAACUCAUGUCAUAUCAUGUCAGUGCUCAAAACCUGGUAGCAAUCCCAGUAUAUGUGAAGCAGAACAUCAGUUUCUUUGAGACUGGAUCUUCAGGUAGACUGGAUAUCACUGUGGGUCCGAAGCAGACCAUGGGAAAGACUGUGGAGUGUGUGGUAGUGACCGUACACAUGCCUAAAGUGGUUCUCAGUGCCAACCUCAAUGCAACUCAGGGAACCUACAACUAUGACCCUGUCACAAAGAUUUUGGUGUGGAACAUUGGAAAACUUAACCCUCAGAAGCUUCCAAAUCUGAAAGGAAGUCUCAGUGUACAGUCUGGAGCUCCUAAACCAGAGGAGAACCCAAGCCUGAACAUUGACCUUAAAAUCCAACAAUUAGCCAUCUCAGGAUUGAAAGUGAAUCGACUUGAUAUGUACGGAGAGAAAUAUAAACCAUUCAAGGGUGUGAAAUAUGUGACCAAAGCUGGGAAGUUCCAGGUCAGAACGUGAGGUUGGCUACAGAUGAUACAAAGGAUGAUAUGCCAAAAUAUUAUUAGAGGUGCCAAUUUGUAAGUGACAAAUCAUACAGGAUAGCAGCCUUGUACACAUCUCCCUUAUUUUAAAACAUUGAAGUUACAUUUGUCAUUGUACUAUUUAUUUUUCUUUGAUUUGUGGGUAGAAACUGGGAAUUUGCAAGAAGUCUUUCUAUUUGAGAGUAUUUCCUUUGGGAACAUUUAUCUUCAGAUAAAUAACAUUCCAUUGAUGUAUUAAAACUGUGUAAUGUUACAUUUAAUGUUAACACUUUACAAUAAGGUUAUACACGUUGUAUACAUUAGUUAGCUCAGUAGAUAAAUGAUGAACCAUGAAGAAUAAUUUUACAGUGCUUAUUAAUCUUGAUUAAUGUUAAUUUCUACAUAUUCGAAUACACAUUAUUCACAGUUGAAUAUGUUAAGAUAUCAUGAACUAACAUGAAAUAACAAUGAACAAUUAUAUAUUUAUAAAUUAACCUGUUGUAAAAAAGUCUUGUUUUGAUUAUUGUAAUUCAUAAUAUCUAUUACAUUAACUAAUGUUAACGAUUAAAACCUUAUUGUAAAGUGCAGUUGAUGUAAUGCAUAGUACAUCUCUGCCAGGAAUGCUCUGCUUUAGCCAUUAUAAAGGGAUAUUUUCUUUUUUUUACACCAGUGACAAAUUUUUAGCACAGAAUACAUCUGUUCUUGUCAGUGAAAUAUGACAAUGAGUAUUAUAAAACAAGACUGGGGUUUCAUAUUACUGUAUUGAUGUAGUACUGCACAUCAGAUUGUAUCACUUACUCCUAUACGGUCUUUGAUACUGGUAUAAUAUAAUACUUAAAUUCUGCAUGUAGAGAUAGAUUUCCUUUUUUUUUUUCAUUUAAUUAUUUGUCAUGUAAUAUCUUUUAAGUUCAGUGGCCUUUGAGUGGGAUAAAUACUUUUAAGAGGCCUCAGUCACACACAGAUGGCCUUUAAAAGCACAAUCCACCUUUAAUAACAAUCUUCUGAUCUUCUGAUGACAAGCAUAUCACAACUCUGAGGUCAGCAUUCUGUCUCAAAGGGAACCUCUACUUAACACUUACAAUCAGGAGAUGACAAAACCUCUCGGUUGUGAUCAAGUUGUAAUAAGGUCGUUUCCACAUACACUACUACGAAGCCAUGAUUAGCACAAGUGAUAGAGCCUGUUGCACUGACCUGCAGUGACAUAAUAGAUCUGCAGGUCUGCCACCUUAAAGCUUACCAGAGAAUUUGCACACUCACAAAGGAUACAGUUAUUUUAUUAGAUGUAAAUCAAGGGAACUGCUUAAUUGCAUUUGAGGAUAUGUAUUUAAACCAAAAGUCUUCAGAUGUAUAAAGUCUGCAAACAAAACUGUCUCU